AACAAACAUUAAAUUUAUUUUGAAUAUUGCCGCAUUACUAAGGUAAGGGUUUUCCCAUUUCGUCUAGACCGAUCGUUUCACAAUGUCUUUGACGACGUUUUUUCUGUUUGUUUCCUUGCUCGUCUCUGUGAGUUCAGAGAACAAACAUUUGUCAAAGGCGAACUCCCUUGGCAGUGACAUUGAAAGACAUCGAUAUAAACGGGGUUUAUUUGAUGAUCAAAAUGAGUACCAGUACUUCCGGCAAUAUUUUGCAGAAAAGGGUCUUGAACAGGAAUUUCAAAACGCCAUACAAGGGAAGGGAAGGAUAGACAACUGGGGGAGUCUGGGAGUCAAAAAUUAUGGUGAUGCCGUUAGAAGUUCCACAGACUUUUAUGCAAAACAAGCUGGAAAAGGUGUGAAUGUGGAAACCCAGUUAGACAGGAUGGAUAAGAUAAUAGAUGACCGGUAUCAACGUGCCUCUCGUUAUGGGGGACCAGAUAAAGCACACCAAAAGGUGAUUGAUGGCUGGAAAGAGGGACGAAGUCAUGUUAAAGAAGGCAAGUCCGGGUCUGUAAGCUUCCAGUCUAAAUCUAACUGUGGCCGCAAGAAGAGAGGCAUCGGUGCAUUGUUCAGACUUAUUGGACGUCUUAUUGGACGCCUGGCAUCUAAAGGGAGGUCUUUCAAAGGUUUAAAACCAAAAUAUUCUGGCAUUAGACGUUCAAGCACAAGAAGAAUGAGAUGUUAGUCUAA